CGAAGCUUCCCUAGUGGCCCCGGCGGCCUGGGGCGGGAUGAGGGCAGGAGUCGAGGUCUCCGAGGCCGAGGAGCGGCUUUGGCCUUGCCUCGCGCUACCUGUGCUGACGUCACGGCCUGGAGGGUUCGCCGAGGAGGGCCUCCACCUGGGGAGUGACCCACAGCCUCCUGCUUCAGGUGACUGCGCAGCCAGGCAGGGCGCAGCCUCGCGGAGCGCGCCUUCCAGCACCCACGGAGCCUCGGAUGCCAGCCCUGCGGCGCACCUGUGGCGGAGAGAGCCAGAGAUCCUCGGGACAGACGGGGCGGCCCGGAGCGCAGGGCCUCACGCACGUGCAGGGCUCACUCGCGCCCUCAGUGCAGCAUCAUCGCUGACGCCUCUGCUGUGCCGAGGGUUGGGGCCCCGGGCGGGAGCACCCAGGCAAGAAAAUGCCCCGGACCCGUCCCCACGCCCACGCCCGCGCCCAGCCAGUGCCCCGGCCGGGGUCCGAGGGGCGGGGCAGGGGCGGGGCCGGGACGGGAGCCCCGGCUUCCGGGCAGACUGCGAGCAGGGCUGGGGGCGCCGGCGGGGACCUGGGAGGCGUUGA